AUGAGUUCCCAAGCUGCAUCGAGCUCGGGAGGCUCACGCUGCAAUGUUGUAUUUGCAGAUCCUGUGGCUUUUGGCUACCUGGCCGAAGAACCAGGCGUUACGGUACUUGAGCGGAGGGCGGUGCUGCCUGGCUACGAACUAUACCUCGUCGAGCAGUGGGCUUGCUCACGGCGGUCACCCACCCUGGUCAUCGUGACUUACACGGGGGAUCCCAAACAUUCGGUCAAGGUCGGCGUCCUUUCCAUCCCUGCAGUCGAGUCCGAUCGCUCGCCGGCACUCCGGCACUACUUUAAUGCCAUCCAACAAUAUCAUGCCAGGCCAAGAGAGACACCUCUGGGGGAGCUCAUGGUCACCAACCUGAGCAGCUUCCCUUCCGCGCUGACUGUCAUUCCCGUGCCUGAGGGCGAUCUGCGAAAGCACCGAGAGAUUUUUAUUGUCAAUGAGAACCUAAAGCGCUUGGGAUGCUCUGGACGCUCGGGCCUUACGCUCUCAGAACCGUCGCCAGCGACACAGGCCAAAUUUCUGCAACUGUACAAAACAUGCGAUCGGAUACCCUUAUAUCAAGCCGUUGUAGAACUCGUCAAAGUCUGUCAGGCUGCCCUGUUCCUAUUCGGCAAGCUCGAGCAGGAGUUCAUCGAUGGCUUGCUCUGCGACAUGACUGAGACAGCCAUAAGCAACUGGUGGAUCGAAAUUGGAUCUGAGUACUUUAAUAUUGAGCCGUCGGACGGAAUAUUAGGGCCUACGACCGUUGCAGCCAUCCUGGGUACCUUGAUGGGGGCUCGUAACCGCCUGCACUGGUGGGGAGCUGCGGUUGGCAAGGAUGUUUUCGACAUAGACAGCACCAAAAGGGGCAUUAAUCAGUUUCAAAAGGCUAUGAAACUGGAGCGAACUCGCAGGCUGGACCGCCCAACUUUGCUGAAGCUUCACAGCGUCACUGCGAAAGCUGCCGCAGGUGAAGGUGGCUGGGGGGUCCAGAGGGCAGUCAAAUCUACUGUGGCAGAGAUAGGGGGCAAGCGCGGUGAGAUUGUGAUGGGUUUUGUAUCUGGCGGCCGCGACAAGGGGAAUAUUGCCGACAUUGAAACGCUCGACAUCGAUAAGUUUAUUAGUCUAGCGUAUGGUGAACGGGCAAAGUGGUUGUGGCAUGGGAAGCCCAAGAGAUCCACCUCUGACCACCCAAACCAUCAGCUUUCGGACGCUGUCAGCGGUUCAGCGUUCGGGAACAGUAAGGAGAACCUGUCGCUUCCGUCGAAUUCGUCCGCUCAACUGCAACAGAUACCCCAACAAGACCAGCAGCGAGUGGAGGCAAGACGAGCGCAAACCCUACCACCCGCAGAUGAACUAGUGCUCAGGUCCAAGGACGAGUCGGCGACUGUUGAUACAACUCAUUCGGCUCCACCAGGGUCGGCGGAUAGCCCACCAGGCGACAGGGAUGCACUGAGGAAGACGGUCUUUAAGAGAGUGGGCGGCAAGGUGAACGAUGCAAGAUCAGGAAUCGGCAGGACUAUUCGCGAUGCAAUCGGUGGUGGACACCGCAGCGGCCAUCAAUCCAAACCUUCCAGGGAUGGACAUGCGUUGCCAGAUGGUGGCAUGACGAGCCCCAGCAUCGCAAGUCUGGCACAUAGCGCCACUAGCAUGGGAAGUCCAGUGCUGGUGGGUAGAGCUUUUACGUGGAAGAACAAGCCAGAAGAAUACAGAGACGCCAUGCGGCUUCCUAGAGAGGCCCAAGGUACUGCAAGCGGAUCGGUCGAAGGGCGUACGAGUAUCCCUGAGGAAGGGCCCGACACCGCUGUUCCAGGGGCACAGUCAGACACGGACGGUCAUCUUGGCGGACAUCAUGUCAUUGAAUCCUCCGUUGCUGAUUCGGUGGCCGAUGAGAGCGACAUUCAUAGCCAUGAUCGUGCUCUUGCGGGCUUUAGGAAAGAUGACACACCCCCAUCAUGGCUCCAGCGUCGCCACAGUCUACAUCUCCCGUUAGGCGAUCGACCCCUUAACGACGCUCGGUGGCCACGACGAAUGUCUUUCAGCGUGGCUGCGGAUUCAGUCUUGUGGUGGGAUCGCAUUGCUGACUUGGCGGUCGAGGCGGAAAUUGUUGGCAACCCUCACGGAUCGGACGGGGCUGUGGAUAGUGUAGGCGAAGAGCAAAAGAUGCCGACACUGGCGACGGCACCCGGGAACGCCGAGCUGGCCCGAGCCAUGUACACACGCAUAGCCGAAAUGAAGCAAACACUUAUGCCCUGGACAGAGGACAAAGUCAAGGCGGUUGCUCUAGUCGACGGCGAGCUUGGAAGGCAACAGGACGAGGUGGCGUCUUUGCUGGACCAGUUCCGCGAGGCAUACGAGGCCAUGCGGCGGCAGUCGGUCGAACUGCUCUCUGACGAGCGGGGCCAGCUGACGGAAGCUGUUCGGGAUGUUGAAGGCCUCGCGCAGAGGCUCGACUACGAGAUCAACGCGCUUGCCUCCAAGAUUGCCGACGUCGAGGACGGGGUGCAAGAGUUUGAGGUCCAGGUAGAGAUGGUCGAGGCGAAAGCCGAGGAGCUCAAGACGCAGCUCGAGACAGAGACCUGGGUGCACUGGGUCAUGAGGAAAUUGACUGGCAUCGGCACCGGGCCCAAUAUUCUCGGCGGCCAGGUGCCUGUCGGUGGCCUGGAAAGGAGCCCCGUCUCCAGCUAG